ACUACUUCAAUCGCCUCGUGCCCCAUUUGACCCCCAUUAUAUCUGUACGUAUACAAAACUCAAUCCCAUCCUUCAACUCCACAAAACUACCCCCCACUGUUUCUUUAACCCGACUCAUCCGCCCUCAACGACAAGACUCGUCAUCUCUCACACUCGCUGCCCUAUUUACGAUUGACGACUAGCUAUGAGUCGUGUACAACGCUCUUUUGAAAACUUUGCUUUGCUACAGGCUGCCUCAGAGGGUUCUGCCGCCGCAGUGCGCGAUGCACUCCAAUCUGGCGCUGACAUUAACGCAUCUGAUAACUCUGGCAGAACUAUUUUGACAUGCGCCCUCACCGCCGAUAGGUGGGAGACGAUAGACGCGUCCGACGCGUCGUUUAUGUCCGAGGACCGCCUUCAAGUCCUUCGCAUUGCUGUGUCGCAUCCAGAAAUCUCAUUAUUCACGCUGAACGCACCACAAGAUUCGAUAAACGAUGUAACUCCCCUUGGCAUGGCCGCUUGGCUUGAUAUGCCCCAAGCAGUCCAGGUUCUGCUAGACUGUAGCUCAGGUGCCAUCUCCGUUGACGCCGAGGACACCGAUGGUGCGACACCUCUGAUGUACGCAGCACGCGAUGGCAGGCUGACAGUGGUCCAGCGUCUGCUUGCUCGUAGCGCUAGGCCCGAUCUCAGAGACCGAAAUCAUCGAUCAUCGCUUCAGUUUGCUUUACCCCAUCCGCGCGUUUUGUGGACAUGCGAACAGGCACUGCGCAACUACCGUCUGCGAGAAUACCAGAACGGCAACAAAAGAGGUCUUUGCCAACCCAGCCUCGAUAUUAGCCACCUAUUCCCGCAAACCUCCACUCAGCCCAACUUGGCGCCAAGCAUCCCCCCAGCCUCGACUUUUUCAUCUGAAUCUAUCUCCUUCGUAACUGACUCUGUUGUACAAGCUGUACUCGCUGCCGAUCCUUCUGUGCUUUAUCCCCUGUUGUUUUCACAAUCCUUUGAACCUUCCCCUUUGGACCAUGGACCUAUUCUUGUAAAUGUACCCGAUCUGGAAGGAUGGAGCGCUAUCCACUACUGCGUAUCUGUACCAAACCCCUCUGUCGAGAUCCUCGACGCACUGUAUCGCGCUGGCGCCGACGUCAGCUUGUUUACUAUCGGCGAGCACUACACCCCUCUCCACUGCUUUGCACGGCUCGCACGCGUCUGUGAUGACAUCCCAGAAUCUCCCCAGUUGUUGUAUCAAUUCGCUAUCCAUCUGAUCCGUGAUCUCCGUGCUCCCCUUGCGGCACCUGACAAACAUGACGAAACUUGUAUCCAUGUGGCCGCAGAACACGGCGAAUGCCUUGAUGUACUCCUCGCUCUUCUUGACUGUGAUACCACAGGUACUGUUCGCAAUCUACGCAAUUCCCGAGGCCUUACAGCCUUCGAAGUCGCACGCCCGAUCUUCCGUUCCGCAUUUGGUCCCGACGGACAAUUCAUCCGUCCGGAGUCGUCUCUCUCUGAUCGCACCAUUCGACCGGGAACUUCGAGUUCUAUUACAUCUAUCACCUCUUUCACAGACCGCACUACCCCGCUUUCCCCGCCCACGAUCCGCAUUUCCAAUGGCCCAGCCUCGCAUCUUCCUCUUGAUUUCGACGUGACUGCAUCCGCGGAACGUCUGCUUGAAAACUUUACCCUUCUCUCCACUGAGGCACAGUUUGUCCGCGACCACGAGGGCCUGGAUCGCCUUGCCAGCGUGGUGGAUGAGUCCUCGCAGCUCGGGUAUGACGUGCUUGCCCACUUCAGAGGGCAGGUGGACGAUGCUGCGAGUGACCUGCGCGACCUGCGUUCAGCUCUCAAUGCUGUCGAUCAUUUGUGGAACACAACUUCGCAUGACGUAGAUGAGCAACUCCGUGUAAUUCCCGACGGACGGAGCUUCGAGCGCUUCCUGGCACGUAGACGCUCGCCCAGGGACUCUGAGGACUCGCAAACCACUGCAGUAGAAGUUCAACCAACGUUCAUCAAGUCAAUCCUGAAGGAGACAGAACCAAAAGUGUACGCUGAUGCUUCUGUUCUUACCGAUCCUUCGGCUCCCGUCCCGCUUGAGACGACAUCCGCAUCGGGAGCAAGAACCGUCCCUUGGCCCGAGUGGUUGGAUAGCUUCAUCCUCAGUGCGGACUCCACGACGUACAAAGCGCACCUCGCGAAUCUCAUUGAGAUCGAGCGCGAAUUGUUCUCUCGCGAGACGAUGAGCUCACUCGAAGAGAAAGUUCCCAACAAGGAGACCAAGCUUAAGAGCCUCCUGCGCAGUCGCAAGCGUUAUGAGAAAGUUGAGAAGAGUGGAGCCUCGAAGCUCAAGGCGUGGCUGAAGAAGAAGAUCAUGGCGGAGAAGCCUUUGCGAUUGCAGAUUGAAUAUGAUCUGGAUGGUGAAUGUGCAGUCGGGGCGGAGGUUAAGGUGGAAUUCACGAAGCGUUCUAUCACGAUCUCUGAUUCGGAGAAGCCCUCAAGAGCCUCAUCGUUAUCUCCGCCUCCUUCGAGAGACGAGGCUCAGUCACCUCAGGCAGUCCUAUCCGUUGCAAGUCGUGACCUGUCAAGCAUCGACGAGUGCCUUCAUGCGGUUGACCAUCUCAUUUCUACUGCCUGCCAUUCAAUCUCCCGCGCCGAGCGCAUCAUCAAGCGCACCAUUAAAACGCGUGAAGCCAUGGUUCAAAAUCUCCGUUCGCGGUAUCCUCCUGUUCACACCUCCAUGUUUGCAUUCCCCUCCGAUAUGAGCACCCCCUCUGGUCUCUCUUCGUGCUCUUUUUACCUCUCCCCCGACAGCGCCUCCUCCUCGCGGUGUUCCUCCGCCCAGUCCUCAACCAUCUCCCUAGCCGCUACCCUAUACGACGACGAAGACGAAGACUCACGAGCACUACGCAGGCUCCUCCUGCGAAAAAUUAGCGCACACAUUGACGGCGCUUUUGACGAGAUCGACCGCGCUAACGUAUGGUUACGUAUCGUCAAGAGCGUACUGCGUGGCCUCAAAACGCGGACGACGACAUAGGAAAAGGACCCACCAAUCGAUUGGACAGGUAUUGUAUGUUAUUGUUGUAAUGUAACUGUGUAUAUUAUUGCUUCAUCUAUAGAUUCGGUACUCAUCUUCAUCUCCAUCCCCAUUGCAUCGUACGUACGCAUCGUAGACAUUGACAUAUGCAUUGCUUUUGUGUUUCUUUUUUUCGAUAUUUCAUCGGUUGGCGUUUGUGUUUAUGAUUUUUGUGUUUGGUAGAACCUUGUAAACAACAUGCAAGAUCAUACUGUGCGGACUCCUACUCGCUACUUGGCAAGCGAAAGUAAUGUUUAGGAACAAAAUCGCAAUCUACCGAUGAAGAGCAUUGGAACCAAACAGACUGAAGAUGGCUAUUGACAUCAUG